AUGGAGGACCUUCUGUUGCCGAGCAGAGAGGAAGAGUCCCGCUCCGACCAGAGUUCCUUCGCUCCGGGAGCCGCGGGGAGGACCAUGGGGGACCGGGCCAAGUUCUUCCUGGACUCUGUGACGAGGGACCAGUGGAGAAACGUGAGGGACUUCUUCAAGAGGAACGGGCUGUUGACGCUGUCGGUCGUGGCCGUGCUCACCGGGUGCACGUUGGGCUUCAUGCUGAGAGGAACUCAGCUGUCCACACAGGCUAAAAUCUACUUCUCGUUUCCGGGAGAGCUGCUGAUGAGGAUGCUGAAGAUGCUCAUCCUUCCUCUCAUCACCUCCAGUUUGAUGUCGGGCCUGUCGUCGAUGGAGUCCAAGGCGUGCUGCAGGAUGGGUGUCCUCACUGUCACCUACUACCUGUGGACCACCUUCAUCGCUGUGGUGGUGGGCAUCGUGCUCGUCCUCAUCAUCAAACCUGGCGUGGGGACGGAGAUGGACAGCAACCGUCUGGGCGGCGGACCCGUCAUGACGUCGGCGGACGCCCUGCUCGACCUGAUCAGAAACAUGGUUCCCUCCAACCUGAUCGAAGCCACCUUUCAGCAGGUUCCAACCAGAACCAUCCAGCCCAACUUUGUGUAUGUUGUCCCUGAUGACAGCGACCCCAAAGGUCAGAUGGUGUACCUGGAGCUGACUCCGCCCCCAGACAUCAUCUACAAGACAAGUCCUGGUAGCAGUCAGCAGAUGAACGUCCUCGGGAUCGUCAUUUUCUCUGCCACCAUGGGUCUGCUCCUGGGCCGGAUGGGGGAACGUGGCGCUCCUCUGGUCAACGUCUGUCAGUGUAUUAACGAGUGCGUGAUGAAGAUCAUCAACGCUGCCGUGUGGUACUUCCCAUUUGGGAUCAUCUUCUUGGUGGCAGGAAAGAUCCUGGACAUGCAGGACCCGAGCACGCUGGGGAAGAAGCUGGGCUGGUACGGCGUUACCGUCCUCACAGGCCUCUUCGUCCAUGGCCUUGUCCUCCUCCCGUUGUUCUACCUGAUCCUAACCAGGAAGAACCCCUUCAGAUACAUCCGAGGGCUGCUGCAGGCCAUGGUCAUCGCUCUGGCCACCUCCUCCAGCUCUGCCACGCUGCCCAUCACCAUGAAGUGCUUGUUGGAGAACUGCCACGUGGACCGGCAGAUUGCCCGCUUUGUCCUCCCAGUUGGUGCCACCAUCAACAUGGACGGCACGGCGCUCUACGAGGCCGUAGCAGCCAUAUUUAUUGCUCAAGUUAACGACUAUGAGCUGGACUUCGGCCAGUUGGUCACCAUCAGCAUCACUGCAACGGCCGCCAGCAUCGGUGCAGCAGGGAUCCCUCAGGCGGGCCUGGUAACCAUGGUGAUCGUCCUCACCUCUGUGGGCCUGCCCCCUGAUGACAUCACGCUCAUUGUUGCCAUCGAUUGGAUCCUGGACCGGUUCCGGACCAUGAUCAACGUCCUCGGGGACGCCUUGGCGGCAGGAAUCAUCGCACACCUGUGUCGGAAAGAUUUCCCCCUGGGUGGAACCGGAAAGACGGUUCCAUCGUACGGGACUCAGGCUCCUCACAGCAACUCCCACAGUGUCCACAUCCCCAUGACCGAGAUCCACGUCCACCGAGGGAGCGUUUUCGACACCGGGGGAGACCCAACGGGCCAGAGGCAAGCCCAUACAGUCUACUACAACAUCUGCCAGGUGUGAGGACCUAAGCCUGCCAGAACGUGCUCAGAACUUGUCUGAGCUCUUUGGGCCCAGUCCAAACAUGUCUGAGCCCAGCUGGACUGGAUCCGAAUGCAUCUGAGCCCAUCAGGAC